CCUAGCGAGCCCAAGAAAGCGUCUACUUCACCUCCUCCACUUCUCCCUCCUCACUCCUCUCUCACACCACUCCCCAUUACUUCAUCUCCUCCGAUCCUUUCCUCCCCAAGAACCCGCCAUGGCCCUCCUCCGCCGCUUCGUCUCCUCCUCCCCUUCCACCUCCACCCUCCUCCGCUCCGUCUCCCACUGCCCCCGCUUCUUCUCCUCCGCCUCCGAGGACCAAACCCUAAUUAUCGAGACGAGCGUCCCCUUCACGGGGCACAAGAUCGAGACCCCCUCGCGCUCCGUGGAGACCACCCCCAAGGAGCUCCUCUCCUUCUUCCGAGGCAUGUCCCUGAUGCGGCGCAUGGAGAUCGCCGCCGACUCCCUCUACAAGGCCAAGCUGAUCCGCGGCUUCUGCCACCUCUACGACGGCCAAGAGGCCGUCGCCGUGGGCAUGGAGGCCGCCAUCACCAAGAAGGACUCCAUCAUCACCGCCUACCGCGACCACUGCAUCUUCAUCGGCCGCGGCGGAACCCUCGUCGAGGCCUUCGCCGAGCUCAUGGGCCGCACCGCCGGGUGCUCUAAUGGUAAGGGCGGAUCCAUGCACUUCUACAAGAAGGACGCGCGGUUCUACGGAGGCCACGGGAUCGUUGGGGCGCAGAUUCCGUUAGGUUGCGGCUUGGCCUUCGCGCAGAAGUACUCCAAGGAGGACACAGUCAACUUCACGUUGUAUGGCGACGGGGCGGCGAACCAGGGGCAAUUGUUCGAGGCCCUCAACAUGUCGGCGCUUUGGGAUUUGCCCGUGAUUUUGGUUUGCGAGAACAAUCACUAUGGUAUGGGGACGGCGGAGUGGAAGGCGUCUAAGAGCCCGGCCUACUACAAACGUGGCGACUAUGUUCCUGGCCUGAAGGUUGAUGGCAUGGAUGCUCUUGCUGUGAAGCAAGCAUGCAGAUUUGCGAAACAACAUGCUCUUGCCAAUGGACCAAUUAUUCUCGAGAUGGAUACUUAUAGAUACCAUGGGCACUCUAUGUCAGAUCCAGGCAGCACAUACCGCACUCGAGAUGAAAUAUCUGGAAUAAGACAGGAGCGCGAUCCAAUUGAAAGGGUUAGAAAGCUGAUAUUGUCUCAUGACCUGGCUUCUGCUUCUGAGCUCAAGGAUAUGGAGAAAGAAAUCAGAAAAGAAGUAGAUGAUGCCAUUGCCAAGGCGAAGGAAAUCCCUAUGCCCGAUCCUUCUGAGCUCUUCACCAAUGUAUAUGUGAAAGGUUAUGGAGUAGAGUCAUUUGGUGCAGAUAGGAAAGAGGUGAGAGCUAUUCUCCCUUGAAAUCAGCUAGUCUUAUUCAUUGCUCUGUCUACUUGCCUUAGAAAGUCUUGCACGUGCUUAGGAAAUAAAGAUGGAAGGUGAAUAAUCCGUCGAAUCUCAGAUUUACAUCCCAUAAAAUGUUUUGUAUAGAAAUAUGUAUUUUGAGAUACAAGGGCUGUUCUUUGUUGCUGCUAUAUAAUUUGGCUGGAAUAUUGAUUUAGCUUAUUGACAGCCCUUACCUAUAGUUAUUUCUUGUGGCGUUUGAAUAUCCAUUUAUUUUGACACCAUAUGGUCCCUCUUUCGUAUUGCUUGUUCAUUGCUUCUUGCAAAGAAUAAGUUGUGUUCUUAGGCC